AUGGCACAACCAUGGCUACAUAACACUGAAGAAGAGAAAUCAGAGGCAGCACACACUUAUCGGCGGUCAUACUAUGCACGUCAGCGCGACAAGUUACACACACCAAAACAAAAGAACUGCAAGAAGGGACGACAAUAUGAUAGCGACACUGCAUUGAUGCCUGUAGUAGGAAGACCACGCCUGUACAAUACCCCUGAGGAGAAACUUGAAGCAAGACACAGUUCCAGGUGGGCAUAUUACAAACGUAACCGUGAUGAGAUUUGUGCUAAAAGACAGGAAAAAUACCAAGAGAAGUCAAAAUUGAAGGAGUAUGUGGCUCUACUGGCAGUCGAAGUGGUCUCAAAUUAUGCCCACUUGCAGGUGCUCAUCAGCUCUUCGAGCACAGCGAAUUUUGUCAAGGGCCUUUGCACCUAUUUCAUUUCUAACCCAGACAACCCAGAUUCCCUGGACAUCAUGCGGGGGGCUAUUGAUGCCUUGGAAGACCUUCGUCGAUGUGCGCAGUCUGUUGUAGACAGUGAUCAGCAAGCCUUUGUGCUCACAUACCAAGAGAAGUUCCUUGAGUGCAAAAAAAACGGGAACUAUACUGGUUUCUGGCUGCCCUUCUUUGAGAAAUGGGAAGAAAGUUGGCCUAUUAUUUUAAAAGAUGUGCCCUUGGAUCCUAAAGCGGAGCUUGAGGAGAUAGGCAAGGCAAGGGAGGCCCUUCAGAUGCGUUUGAUCGUCAAACUACGCAACAAUUUUGGUAAUUCAAAGGUGGGUCACUGGGCAAACACCACUGGGAACACGAUUGUCAACAAGCUCAUUGGCAACAUCACCAUCAAAUCAGGAAAAAAGAAAUCUCACUCUCUCGAUGCAACUGAGGUAUAUGCCAAAAAGUAUUAUGCAACGCAUGUGCAGCCUGCAGUCAAGGAGGAGCUCGAGGCUAUGAAGGAUGCACCGGACACACCCGCACCAAAGAAGUGGGCUAUGCAGGUUGUUCGCAAACAACUGGCAUCCUGCUGGGAAAAUGAAACUGCGGAGGUGAAGGAGGAAGUCACCAAAUUGGCACAAGAGAUGAAGGAAGAGAGGGAGAAGGACAUCAAUCACAAAAUGAAGGAGCUGUCAAAGGACUUGAUCAUAUCCAGACUUACGGAAAUCCUGUUGACUUUUUUCACCGAGUUGCACGAUGCAACAGGAUGGACUUUCAGUAUUUUGCUUGCUGGCCCUGACCCUAUGAAUGCUGGCAAACUCAAUGUCAGUAGCUUGCAUAUUGGGACAACUACCGCUGGCAGUCAAUUCAACCACAUAUUUCCGAACUUCAAGGAGAGGAUCAUGGUACCCUACUUUGAAUUUGCAUCCUGGGUGUUUCCUGAUCGAGAUGUAGCCAAUGCUGCAGUACUGUUAUCAAAGGCAACUACACCUGAUACACUCACACCAUUACCAUCGCCAUCAGAGCCAUCACCUGCACUUUUGGGACAGGAAAUCCCUCCCAAUGAUACAUCACUCGCUAAUACUCAUAACGGCUUCACAUAUUCUCCAAUGGACAUCGCACCUGAUACAUCACUCACCAGUGUCUCUUCAACUUCGACUCUUAUGUAUGUCACACCUAAUACAUCACUUGCACUGUUGGGACCAUUGCCAUCACUGUCAGAACUAUCACCUGCACUUUUGGGACAGGAAAUCCCUCACACUGAUACAUCAUUGACUCACAUACCAGAGCCAGCCUAUAACUUCUUCCAAUAUUCCCCCACUGAUCCUCAAGACGACAGCACUGAUCUAGACUCCAAUAGAACAAUUCUACCCAUGCCACCGAACUAUCAACCACCAUCUCCCCUACCUCCCUCUUCUCCACUACUGUCUUCAUUGCCUUCUUUACUGUUCUCUCCCUUACCUUCUGUGUCAAGAAUUGGUCAUGAUAUCCUAUUCCCUGACGUGCUCAGCUUCAAUUUUGUCAAUUCCUAUAGCCGUGGCUUUGACAACACGACUUUGGAGAGCUUGAGGUCCCCCCCUCGUCUUCAUCAUCUAUUGUCUACUCAACAGACUCCUGCUGCAUAUGGCAGCACUCCCACUCCCAUGGCAGUUCCGGCUCUUGCUCCUGCAGCAAUUCCCACCCCUGCCCAAACUCCUACUCUGGCAGAAACUCCUGCCCAACGUGAGCCUUCUGCAGCAGUUCCCAAUCCUCUGACCCCCAUUCAUCCUGUGGCACCCAUUGCUGCACCUCUUUCUCCUGCACAGAUGUCCAGCUCUGCCUGUCCUGGAGAGACUGCCGGAGUUUCUGGGGCAUUGCCAGUGGUGGCAACGAAGGCUUCUAAAUGCAAGUCCAUGAAGACCAAUGUGGAGAGCUCUGAGACAGUUCAGGCAAAGCCUCAGAAGAGAGGGGGUGCAGAGGUGGCCUCAAAUGAGAACUCACAGCCCGUUGAGGGAGGUCGGGGCAAACAGCAGCAAUUCCAGUUGUCUCAGGCGGCCGCUGCCAAUGCCAUCGGGACAAGCUAG